CUAACUUGUUAGGCUUUUGUCACGAAGUUUUAUUCAAAAUUUCAAUGAGUAAUAAAAAAAAAUAGUAAAUUUAAUUCCGUUCACCGUCAUGGGCUCCGAAUGGGAAAAAACUUACGAUCGGCUAGUCCGCGAAAAUGAAAAUGACGGGCAGAGGCUGGAGCACCUUGAGCGGCAAGUGCGAAACUUCAAGGCCAAAAGAAAGAGUCUGCAGCAACGGAUCGAGCAGGAGAAAAAGGACAUGGACGUAUGGAUGGACAUGAUGGAGCGUUUGAAGCUUGAGGUGAAGCGCUAUAAGGCCAAAAAGCAUAAUCUUCCUCCCAAGAAAAAAAAACAACUGGAUCACAUCCUAAAGAGAUUGCCUCACGACAAUUUUAAUGAAAGGGUUCGGCUAAUGGAGGUAUCGGAGAAUCUAUUCCCCAAACCAUGUAAAGAGCCAAAGAAAAUAGCCCCACCCAAAAGUCAAGACCCUUGCGACUUGGAGGUUACAUUGCCAAGGAAGUGCGAUCCCAGCAAGCAAUCCGCUGUGGACCGGCGAAUCGCAAAGAUCAAUAAGGAUAUGAGGACCCUGAGGAAAAUUAAUGACAAAACACUGGAAGUCAUGGCGGAUAUUCGGGCACUGAAGACUACCAUCAACUACUUGGAACAGGGUCACUGCACCAACAUGAAGAUAACACCCUUCGUGGACCCCAGAACCGCAUUAAAGACAACCACUGAGACGCCGGUAAAGAAGGCCAUCAUUUCAUUGGACCGUUUGCGCAAGACGAAGUACCGGAAGUACCUUACCCGAGAGGUCUUGGACGUACGACCGUCAUUCAUUCUCGAGAACGUGCCCCAGUUGAUGCCCAAGAUGUAUGACUUUCUGGAUCAAAACCAUUCCAAGCACGGCAAAAGAAAAAACUAGUCAUUUUAAUUCUGGUGGGGAAAAUAAUUUAUUAAGCCGAGAAUUAGUCUACUUAGGCAUAGUCUAUUUAAACGUGUUCUAUGAUACGCUAAUCCUGUCCAGCUCUUGUUCCAUAUUUACAAUUUACAAUAACAACUAAACUCAUUGAUCAUCACCGGAA